AGCCUUGUCCCCUCUCUGGCUUCCCUCCUUUGACUUCCAAUGAUACCUUAAUUAUUUCUCUCAACGGGAUUAUCAUCCACUUGGGGAAACUGACAAGACUCCGCCCAUUGACCGGGUCUUGAUCUGUUUCCUCCUUCCCUUCUACCCUCCCCCCCUCCCUCCAUCUCAUCCCACGGGUCGUGUCUAUCCUUACCUGUUUUCACCUACGACAUUUCUCUCUUCCCUCCUUUUCUCCCGGCUUUCUUAUACUUCCCCUCUCAGACGCUCGUUCACGAGAUCUCCCUCACCUGCGCAUAUCGGUUCUCAUCAUGAACUUCGGUUCGUUCAAUCUCCCCACCACGAGAUCGACCGGCGCUUCCUAGACUGUUGUCGCGGUAGGAGCAUGUCUCUGCCGGGACCAAAUGUCCGUAUCAGCCUCGAUUCCCGACACUUCGCUUGGCCUCACCUCCUCCGAGAUCCAAAUUCUGAGGCAACAACAACAGAUAGCCCUGCAGGGCGGCCACGGUGCCAAUGGUGUUUCCAGGGGCCGAGGGACCGGACGCACCAGCAACUCCAGUUCGCGCGCCGCCAGUGCCGCCAGCAGCCACGGUCGUUUAAUUCUGGAUCCCAUGAGCCUACGGGCGCUAUCGCAGCAGUUGGAUGGCUUGCAACAACAGAUUCGCAAUCGCCUUGAUGAUCUGGAAGAGCAAAUGCAGUUAUCUAUUCAAAGCACUUACGAUCGCGCCGGCAACGUCAUUCGCAACGCUGAUGCCGAGAUUGCCCGUACCCGUUCUAUUUUAGCCUCAAUUGACGACUUGGAGAAUGAGCUUGCGAAGAUCGGGCAUAUUAGAGAAAUCGUGAAAGCGUAUCGUGGACGUAUAGAAGGUCUCGAUCAACGCCUGGAUCAAGCCGCCCGCCGGAGACACUGAGAUGCCAACCCUCGCGAUAUGUUCCUGUCCGCACUCCAACACACCUUAUACUCUUGAACUUCAACCCUCAAACCUUCCUUUCGACUCGGAUUACCCUAGCGCCAUUACAUAGU